UCUUUCUUCCGCGGUAAAUAUUUUUCUCAGCUUGCAGUCACACACUCGCUCUCACUCUCGUUUUGUAUUUUACUCUUUCACAACAACACUUAGACACACACACACACACACACACACCAGACACUCACCACACACUCGCGCACAUAUAUUUAUGGAACCACAACAACCCGGACGCGAGAAACGGCUUUUCUCCUGGCGCAAAGCUUUCAAGCUAAUUACAGCGUCGGAUGAAGAUUCACUCCACUCAUCUGGUCUGGAUUCUGCCAACAGUGGCGAUGAUGCCGACCUCAUCCAAGGGAGAGAUCCCUCCUAUGACAUAGUUGACGAUGAUGAUGAGGAGGAAGUGGGGGUCUCCUCGCUCUGCACCCCGGAGGGAGGCAGAGGGGGAGGAAGGAGUCGGUCUCCAGCAAACAGAGGCUCCAGGUCAGAGACACUCCCUGGUGAUGCACCCGGAUGGAGAACCAAAAAGGAGCCUGACAUCUUGCCACAUCCCCUACCACAUUUUCUGCCCAAAAGGAGGACAGGUGUGCAGCCUCCUCUAUCACAGUAUGUGGACAAUCCCUCUCCAUCUGAGCUGUUGAGGAUGUACUUUCACCAGGCCGCCAUCAAAACACUGUGUGCCAACACCAAUAAAAAUGCAGCAAAAAUAUUGCUCAUCGUAGACAGGAACUGUCACAAGACCUAUCACAGCUCCCCUGGUGCUAUUGAAAAGAAGAUAUUUCAAGCAUCAGACAUCUGUGGACCGACGCAAUAAAGAUUUCCACUCUCCUGAGAGCAGAGAAAGAGGGUGAAUAAGGCAAGUGGACCCAGGCCAGAGGAUGACUCCUGUCUUGCAGAGUGUGAGGGGAGCCCCACACUGCUGUUGGAAACAUCUAACAUAUGAACACACAGUACAUACAGUGCACACACGCACGCACGCACGCACACACACACACACAC